AUGUCUGAUCUCACGAAUAACAUCAAUUCGGCAAUUAAUCCCAACACAGCAAAGAACAGAAAGAAGAAGGCAAAGAAGAAGGCAAAGAAACAAAACACCACAGACUCUUCAAAUACUGCAUCUGAAAUAAGCACUCCUAAUUUGACAGAUAAGGAAAAUAUGGAUCCCAUCGCUUCUAUUGCAGAGAGGACCGCUCCUAGCAAUACAGCCAUCAUCACAGAGACUCAAACCACUCCCGCUAAUACAUCUACACUGACUGGCGAAGGAUCCGUUUUGGCUACUUCAUUGCCUGCUAUGCCAAUUGAUGAACCUGCUACUGUCUCCAGCAAUGUCAGUCCUGCCAUCAUGACAGAAACGCAAACAACACCUGCUAAUACAUCUACGUUGACUGGCGAAGGAUCGGUUCUUGCUACAUCAUUACCUGCGAAGCCUAUUGACAGUGCUGGUACUGCUGCUCCUGAAGCUGCUGCUGUUACAUCUACAGCUGGUCCAGUUGAAGGCUCCAUUCAUGAUAAAAACAUUCCUGCUGCAGGUCCCGUUGGUCCAGGAGCUGCUGGUGCCACUGCUGCUGGUGCUGCAAUUGCUGCUGCUACUGUAGGUGCCACUACCGCUGCUACAGGCCAUUCUGGUGGUUUUGCUUCACUUCCUAAACCUCUUCCUUUAUCCGAAAAUGUUCAAUAUGCAAUCAAAACAGUAAUUGCUUCAGGAUCAAUUGAUUUGUAUAGCAUUAUUGAUAAAAUCAAGAGCAAUGUCGCUGCUGGUGAUUACAAGGAAAAGGCCAAACUGCCUCCCAAUGCUACUGCUAACAAUAAACAAGCUCAAGUUCCAACUGCAACUGCUAACAACAAAGACCUUUCUGAUUCAAGUAAGAAUCCACUCAAAAAGGCUGCUGCUGGCGUUGAAGCUGCUGUUGUUGGAGCAACAGCUGCUGUAGCUGGUGGCCAUAAAUCUGGUAACCGCAAUAGCAACACCACCACCACCACCACCACAACUACAGCUACCGAUAGCAAGAUCAACAACAAAUCAGCUCCAUUACCACCGACCCCUCAAUCAGCAGCCAAUACAGCCAAAUUAACCACACCAGAGGUAUCUAAAUUGAGUGAAAAUGUGCAAUAUUGCAUUAAAUCAGCAGUGCAAGCCCCUUCAGUCGACGUAUAUGGCAUCAUUAAUCCUUCUCAGAAGGUGAAGCGUCCUGAAGCAGCAGUUGGUUCAUCUACUCAACCUACUAUGCCCUCAUCCGCCAAGGCUCCCGAUGUUCCAAAGAAGACCAUCAAGUCACCCGAGCACCGUCAUAAGCCAUCUUUCCUUAAGAAGAAGAAUUGUAUUAUCUUGUAA